CUUCUUGUCUUCCUUCUUACCUAGACGAACUUAAUUAUUGCAAAAUUCCCAGCCAGCGCUAGAUUCUUUUUCUCUCUCUCCCGAAUUGAGGUUGUUUGUACCCUAAAAUUUUCCAAAAUCGGAUCUUUUAACCGCUCUGAGUAAAUUUCUUCUCGGAAUUCUUAAACCCAAUUUCCCUUUGGAUCUCCCAAGCUUUUCUCUGUGAUCUUUUUCUCUGUUUUCUCAGGUUCUCAUCAAUCUUGCAAUCAAAGUCACAGUCUUUCUCUGUAAAGAUCAGGAUGGAUCAGCAAGGUCAUAGCAAGCCAAUGGGGGUUUCUGGUGCUGUUGCUCAAUUGUCUUAUGCUACAAACCCUUAUCAGAACCAAAUGACUGGGGGUGCAAAUCCAGGGCCAGUUGUAACAUCGGUUGGGGCAAUUCAGUCUACUGGGCAGCCAGCAGGACCUCAACUUGCGCAUCACCAGCUUGCUUAUCAGCAAAUUCACCACCAGCAGCAACAGCAGCUACAGCAACAGCUGCAGACAUUUUGGGCAACUCAGUACCAGGAGAUUGAGAAAGUUAAUGAUUUCAAGAACCAUUCCCUUCCUUUAGCAAGGAUCAAGAAGAUCAUGAAGGCUGAUGAAGAUGUGAGAAUGAUUUCAGCUGAGGCACCAGUCGUGUUUGCUAGGGCAUGUGAAAUGUUCAUCUUGGAAUUGACAUUGCGUUCUUGGAAUCACACAGAAGAAAACAAAAGAAGGACUCUUCAAAAGAACGAUAUAGCUGCAGCAAUCACUAGGACUGAUAUAUUCGAUUUUUUAGUUGACAUUGUUCCAAGGGAAGAUCUGAAAGAUGAAGUACUUGCAUCAAUCCCAAGGGGAACAGUGCCUGUUGGUGGGCCUGCUGAUGCACUGCCAUACUGCUACAUGCCAGCUCAGCAUGCAGCUCAGGUUGGAGCUCCUGGGAUGAUCAUGGGGAAGCCUGUGAUGGACCCUGCUAUGUAUGCCCAACAGCCUCAUCCCUACGUGGCCCCACAAAUCUGGCCUCAGGGACAAGACCAACAGCAAUCGUCUUCAGAUCAUUAGUGGCUGUAGCAAGGAAGUUAAGAAGACUAGGCGUUCGUUGAGGCACCUUAUGACGGCCAACGAAAUGGAAUAAGGAGGCUUCUAGCAGUUGGGAAGCUUACACCUGAAGAAUAUAGACUUCAUGUAAAUAUAUUAUACUGGGAAUCGUGCCUCCCAACUAUGCCUUAUCUUUUUAUCUAUUCGGCUGUCCUUUUGUCUUGUUUACUAGUACUGGUCAGCCAGAGAUGUACAAAUUGAAGUUUAGCUUUGAAAGCAUUCUGUUGGCUUGUUUCUAUUAAUCAAUGGAUGUUUAUUCC